AGACGAACUCGCAGCCCCUUUUCCUCAGCCUAAUUCGGCUAGUGCGGCUCGACUGAGCCGCCUCCAGAACGGGCUAAAGCGGGGCCCUAGCUCGAGCGAUAUCAAUAGUAAUAUUGAUAAGGAACACCAAAACCACGGAAACCACCACCAGUACCAGAAUCAAGCUUCAAACGAAGCUAAAUUACUGAUUCGUCAAGCCCGGGACUUAAUAGUCAAAGCUAUUACUAUUACUCCGUCACAUGACCAGCAAUCUCGACUACUAGAUCUAGUAGAAAUCUUCAGAGAAUACACUGAAUUCGGCCGCAUCCGCCAUACUAGUACUUUACUAGCCUCCCAAGUAGCAAACCUCGAAAAUACUACUAAACGGAUCGAAAUUCAAGCAAGAACUCAAGCUAAACCAGAUACUCAAGCUAUUCAAGCUAAAACUACCUCCGGAAAGCCUACUUGGGCUAAAAUCGCUACUCAAGAACUACCACACUCGGAAAAGGACUGGACUAUAGUAUCACACACUAAUGGUUCUAGUGCCCGUAAUACUAGUACAAAAUCUAUAGCCCUCUCUAGGAAAAGCACCUUCCUACUAGCUCAUAUAGAGCAGGCUAGCUUGUUUUCAGCUAUUUCCGUCCGCAAUUUGCUUAAUAAUGCUUUCCGCGCUAAGGGAAUCAAGGGACUAGUAAUCUCUAUAGUCUCUCUUUCCUCAAAGGGUAAUAUUAUAGUUAAUACUACCCCUGAGUUCAACUCUGACUUUUUGGUUCAAAACGAAGCUACUAUAAAGGGGGUACUUCCCUUAGUAAAAAGCAUAUAAAAAGGAGAGCCCUGGUAUAAAGUUAUUAUCCACGGUCUACCUAUUCGUGAAGACUCAGGCCUCCAGCGAGCCGGUUCAGUAGUAGUAGCAUUCCCUACCGAGAUUCAAGCUAAUAGAGCUAUUAAAAACAGACUCCUUAUAGCCGGAAUCUCUGCUAAAGUAGUAAAAUACCAUACUAUCUCUAGCACUGCGCAGUGUACUAAGUGUGCAGGGUACGGGCACUUAGACUCUAUUUGCAAAAAAGACCCUAAGUAUUUGCUAUAUAGUGAGGAGCACGUGACAGAGAAUCAUUUCUGCUCUAUCUGUAAAAAGAAGGGUAAAAAAUGCCCCCACGUGACUACUAAAUGCGCCAACUGCUCUAGUACUACCCACUUAGCUAGUUCUAAG